UUAGAAACGAAACGACAACGUUUCAGUGCUGUUUCCCUUGCGAAACCUUGAGAUAAAAACAACGGGUUUUACAAGGGCUUUACAAAAAAAAAAAAAAAACCGUGCUCCAAAGCUUGUCAAAAUCCCCAGAGAAUUUCUCAAAUUCAGGAUGAAGAAGGCUUCAAAGCUUCAAAUUUACUUUUAUCAAAAUUCAAUCGUCAAAGAUCCAUAAAGGCCGCUCCUUUACUCUCGAGAGCUUACAUUUCUGAUAAUUCUCCAUCAUCAUCAUCAUCUUCUUCUUCACAGUUUCACUCAACCGGCCGUCACCUUCAAUGCUGUGCAAAAACCCGAGGUUUAAUUUUCAAGCUACACCAAUUCAAAACAAACCCGUCUCGUAAUCUCGACACACUUGUGGAAAAACCAACCCAAUUUCCUUCUAGCCAGAGAAAACUCAGAGAAAAAUUCGAUCUUGAGGAAGCUUUUGAGUCUGCUAAAACCUCUGGGGAAAUGUUCAGAGUGUUUAAAGAUAUGGAAGCUUGUUUUGACGAGAGAGAGCUGGGAAUAGCUUUAUUAAAAAUUGGACUCAAACUUGACCGAGAAGGUGAAGACCCUGAAAAGGCUCUAUCUUUUGCUGACAGAGCAUUGAAAGUAUUGGAUCAAGAUGGUAAACCUUCUUGACUAGUUGCUUUGGCUUUACAAUUGAUGGGUUCUGUUAGCUAUGGUUUAAAAAGGUUUAAUGAUAGUUUAGGGUAUCUUAAUAAGGCUAAUAGGUUGCUUGGUAGGUUAGAGGAAGAGGGUAUUGCCAAUGUUGAGAAUAUAAGGCCAGUGCUACAUGCAGUGCAGCUUGAAUUGGGGAAUGUGAAGACAGAAAUGGGGAGGAGAGAGGAGGCUCUUUUAAAUUUUAAGAAGGCUUUGGAAAUUAAGGAAAUGACUCUUGGGAAGGAUAGUAAGGAAUUAGGGGUGGGAUAUAGGGAUUUGGCUGAAGCUUACGUUUCGGUUCUAAAUUUUAAGGGGGCCUUACCUUUUGGUUUGAAGGCAUUGGAGGUUCAUAGGAAGGGGCUAGGGCAUAAUUCAGUGGAGGUUGCACAUGAUAGGAGGAUUCUUGGGGUUAUUUAUACAGGUGUGGAGGAGCAUGAGAAGGCAUUGGAACAGAAUCAGUUGUCACAGAGGGUUUUGAAGAAUUGGGGUCUUAGUUCUGAGUUGCUUCGUGCGGAAAUUGAUGCUGCUAAUACGCAGAUUGCAUUGGGAAAGUAUGAUGAGGCUAUUAAUACUUUGAAAGGUAUAGUUCAGCAGACAGAGAAAGACAGUGAGAAUCGAGCUCUGGUGUUUAUUUCAAUGGGGAAAGCUCUUUGUCAUCUGGAAAAAUUUGCAGACUCGAAGAGGUGUUUGGAGAUUGCUUGUGGAAUUCUUGACAAGAAAGAGACUGUUUCUCCGAUUGAAGUUGCUGAGGCAUACUGUGAGAUAUCAAUGCUAUAUGAGAAUAUGAAUGAGUUCGAGACUGCAAUUUCAUUGUUGAAGAGAACAUUGGCUAUACUUGAGAAACAACCUCAAGAACAGCAAUCCGAGGGAGGUGUUUCCACUAGAAUAGGGUGGUUACUCUUGUUAAAAGGUGAGGUGCCACAGGCAAUUCCUUACUUGGAGGAUGCAGUAGAGAAAUUGAAAUACAGCUUUGGCUCCAGGCAUUUUGGGGUCGGGUAUAUUUACAACAAUUUAGGGGCAGCAUAUUUGGAAUUAGAUAGGCCUCAGUCAGCAGCACAAAUCUUUGCAGUUGCAAAGGACAUCUUGGAUGUCUCUCUUGGUCCUCAUCAUGCAGAUUCAAUCGAAACUUGCCAGAAUCUUUCUAAAGCUUAUAGUGCAAUGGGAAGUUACACCCUUGCAAUUGAAUUCCAGCAGCGAGUAAUUGAUGCCUGGGAAGGCCAUGGACCAAGUGCAGAAGAAGAACCCCGAGAAGCUCGGCAUGCUCUCGAAGAGUUAAAGACAAAAGCCCGUGGUACAUCCACUAACCGAGUUCCUACAAAGGCCUUGCCUUUGCCACAACAUAGUCUUGCUUCAAGAAAUUUGCAACCCAGUAUUCCUCUUACCCAAAUUCAGCCAGCUCUAUCCGGUAGACUUGGAGAAUCGAUAGCUUUUGCUCUGCUAUCACAUUUCACAGUCUGAGACAUUUGUUUUUAUCUUUAAUUCUUGUAAAUUUCGAUAUUAGUUUGAUAUGUCAUUUAUAUAUGUGCUAUUUGCCUCAA